UUUUCGCUUGAUGAUUGAUGAUUGAUGCCUGGCGUCCCAUUAACAGACAUGUUCCCUCUCAGUCUCACUUUGCCUCUCCAUGUUCCGUCGGUCCAGGUGGUGAUCAAGCCAUUGGUCAUGCUCCCUAGUGAUAUCAUCUCAGCCGUAGAUCAAUACGCAUCAUUCAUUUCAAGAUGCAUCAAGGCCAAGAAUCUAAAACUGGGCAUGGCCCUGCACUCACACCUUAUCAAAACAGCACUCUCCUUCAACCCCUUCCUAACCAACGGGCUCAUAGACAUGUACUCCAAAUGCAACUCCACAGAAAGUGCCCAAAAGGCCUUUGAUGACCUUCCCAUUAGAACCACUCCGUCUUGGAACAUUAUGAUCUCCAUGUACGCUGGAUCAGGCAUAUUCAGUAAAGCUCAUAAAUUGUUCGACGAAAUGCCGAAACCAAACCUCGUUAGCUAUAACUCUUUGAUUUCUGGUUUUACCCACCAUGGGUUUUAUAAAGAAUCUAUUAUGCUAUUUCUACAAAUGCAGAAAGAAUACCAGUGUCUAAUCAUGGAUGAGUUCACGCUAGUCAGUAUAGUUGGUGCUUGUGCUCGUUUGGGUGCUUUAGCAGUGUUGGGUCAAGUUCAUUGGGCAGCAAUUGUUAUAGGCUUGGAGUUCAAUAUUAUUAUUCAUAAUGCCUUGGUUGAUGCUUAUGGGAAAUGUGGUGACCCUGAUACCUCAUAUUCUAUUUUUAGUCGAAUGCCGGUGAGGGAUGUUGUGUCUUGGACUUCAAUGGUUGUUGCUUUUGCUCGGGCAUCUAGACUUGAUGAUGCUUGUCGAUUAUUUAAUCAAAUGCCCGUUAAGAACUCUGUCGCUUGGACUGCUUUGGUCGCAGGCUUUACACAAAAUGGUCAUGGGACUGAAGCAUUGGUUCUUUUUUGGCAAAUGCUGGAAGAAGGUGUCUGGCCUGGCGCUCAUACUUUUGUUAGUGUUUUAAGUGCCUGUGCGGAUUUAUCACUUGUUCAAAGAGGAAAACAGAUUCAUGGGCAUAUCAUUCGGAGGAGCACUAGUAGCAACUUGUUUAAUGUGUUCGUGUUUAAUGCUUUAAUUGACAUGUAUUGCAAGUGUGGAGACAUGAAAUCUGCUAAAACAUUGUUUGAUUUGAUGCCUGAAAAGGACAUAAUCUCUUGGAACUCAUUAAUAACUGGGUUUGCUCAGAAUGGGCUUGGGGAGAAGUCACUUGUUCUAUUUCAGAGAAUGAUGGAAGCAAAGAUAAAACCAAAUCCUGUCACAUUUUUGGGGGUGCUGUCUGCCUGCAGCCACACUGGUCUACUAUCUGAAGGAAUCCGAAUUCUUGACUCGAUGCAGAAGGAUUAUGAUGUAAAUCCAAGACCUGAUCACUAUGCGAUAUUGAUUGAUUUGCUUGGGAGGAAAAGCAGACUCGAUAUAGCAGUGGAGUUAAUUAAGAAAGCUCCUAAUGGUUCAGAUCAUGUGGGGAUGUGGGGUGCACUGCUGGGUUCUUGUCGAGUCCAUGGGAAUUUGGAUCUGGCUAGAAGAGCUGCAGAAGCUCUGUUUGAGUUGGAACCCAGCAAUGCCGCAAGAUAUGUUAUGCUAUCAAACAUUUAUGCUGCAGCUGGUAGAUGGAGUGAUGUCGAUAGAGUCAGAAGGCUCAUGGAAGAGAGAGGUUUGAGGAAUGAAGCAGCUUAUAGUUGGAUUGAGGUGAGGAAUGUGAGACAUGAGUUUGUAGCCAAAGAUAGGGUCCAUUGUCACAUAGGGGAGAUAGUUCAAGUGGUUGGAAAGCUGGUAAAUAAUAUGAAGGAUGCUGGAUAUCAACCUUAUAUCAACAGCCUUUUUCUUUUAGAUGAGUAUGAUGGCGUUUCUUGAUAUGAUCUUCUUAACUAGGCGAGAAUUUGCAAACACAUGGAUGGAUGAAUGCCUGCUCAAAAAGAUUAAGAAUGCAGCAUAGCUGGCCAGGGUAGGUUCAGUUUCUCCGUUAGUCCAGCUAUGCAUCUUUCCAUUAAAACCUUUAGCCAAUGUCAGAAUUCUUUUCAGUAUGACCAUUGACUACAUAAGAUAAAGCUCCUGCUGGCAUUUACCUCGAGGCUUAUUCUGCAUCUUGAAACCAACUGCAAUUGGAAACCAGUUAUCUCUGAAUUGGCCAUUUAUUUGCAAUCACGAGUUUUCAUUAACCUAUACACCACCAAAUUUUUGUAAAGUACACAACAGAGUGAAGCCAUCUGGUUGCAGCAUCUGAGCUACACGCAAAAUCUCUGCACUUGAUAGGACAAAACUUCUGAAUUCUGUUUACCUUACCACCAAUAGCAGCUGGGGUUUUUGAAUUCUCGGCGUUCUCGCUAUAACAAGAUGAGCAGAUCGCUUGGUAUACAGCGGCAAACAGCCAAAAAAGGAUACUGUUUCAAUGUUUAUUAGCCUUCUAGAAGGGCCAGUACACCUUCUGAGGCCAUACACACACAUAUGGUAGGAUAGGCACUCCAAUGAGGACCAAGUGCACAAUGAAGAAGGGAGUUUCUGAAGAAUGUCCGUUUCUGUGUCAGCAAUAAGUUCUUAGUAUAUGUAGGAUGCAGCCAUGAGACUUCUUAAAUUCCAGGAGAGAAUUUUAGUUGAUAUUAACUCGAAAGGUAUUUAUUGUGUGUUAGUUGUCUUUUUUUUUUUUUUUUUUUUUUCCUGUUUUUCCAUCUCAUGUUCAUUGACCUAGCGCCAGUUGCCUCCUUCAUUCUUUAGGCUGAUACCUAUGUUUGCAUUCUACAAUUUUAUGAUUAAAGGAUAGUGGCUUGACUCUUGAGAGUUAGUAAUAUAUAUAUGAAA